GUCUUCUUGAUCUUCAUUGCUGCCUCACAUAUUUUCUUAUGCAACCGAUGAGAUUCACCUUCAAAUGGCUUCACCAAUGAUUGCAUCAUGUUGGUAAGAUCCACUACAUAUUCUACUAUCUGCUAUUUGUCUCUCAAACCUUGUAAUUGAGGAAGCCCAAGUUCUAAACCAGCUGAUUGCAUCAUGUUGGUAAGAUCCACUACAUAUUCUGCUAUCUGCAAUUUGUCUCUCAAACCUUGUAAUUGAGGAAGCCCAAGUUCUAAACCAGCUGAUUGUAUCAUUUUUGGUUUUUCUAUUCCAUAUUCUGCAACCUGCAUUCUCAACCUUCUUCAAAAACACUUGAAUUGAUCAGGAAACAAUAGUUCCAUGCCCAGAAGAAAUGCAAACAUGGCUGAAGCACCGACGGCAAGACGUUGAAGAAAAACUGCAUGCUCAACUUAGGCAGCCUGGGAAGAUUGCAAAGAAGGAAGUUGAAGCUUGGCUAGAGAAAGCAGACCAAGAAACUGCAGAAAAAGUGGUUGAAGAUCUAAUCUGCAAAGGGGGUUGUUUCACAUAUAUUUGCUCCUCAAGAAAGCUCGAUAAAAGGACUCAAUCUACUGAAGGAACAUUUAAGCAAGGAGAAAAGUACACUAGUGCUGGUGAGAGUUUGGUUGAAGAUACUCCCUCAAUUGAGUAUUGGGCAACUGUAUUUAAAGAAAGGCAAGAGCAGCUGAAGCUCCGACAGAAAGUCAUUGAAGGAAAAUUGGAGACUCAACUUAUGCAGCAUGGAAAGAUUGCAAGCAUGGAAGUUAAAGACUGGUUGAAGAAAGUAGGCCAACAAAUUCCCAUAAAGGUUGAAGAUCUAAUCAACCAAGGGGGAUGGUCCUCUGUAUCCAACCUCGGGAGAAAAAUUGAAGAAUUGAAGCAAAUAUUUGAGCAAGGAGAAAAGUACACUAGUGCUGAUGAGAGUUUGGUCGUAGAUACUCCCUUAAUUGAGUAUUGGGCAACUGUAUUUGAAGAAAAGCAGGAGAGGCUAAAGCACCAAAAGGAAGACGUUGAAGCAAAUUUGAAGACUCAGCGUAUGCAACCUGGAAAGAUUGCAAGGAAGGAAGUUGAAGAGUGGCUAGAGAAAGCAGGCCAACUGAUUGGCAUAAAGGUUGAAGAUCUGAUCAGCCAAGGGGAAUGUUCCUCUCCAUCUAACCUCGGGAGAAAAAUUGAAGAAUCGAGGCAAAUACUUGAGCAAGGAAAAGAAUUCACUAAUGCUGGUGUGAUUUUGGUCAGAGAGGAUCACUCAAUCAAAGGAUUUCCACUUCUUGUUGAAAAAUGUAGUGGCAGGGAUGAUAUACAAGAAAAAAUUCUGGAAUGGUUGAAGGGAGACAAGGUUACAAGAAUUGCAGUAUCGGGAAUGGGUGGCUGUCAAAAGACUUUAACAUUACUGUCCAGCAGAAAAAGAAGUUUGAUAUUCUCCAGUUUCAGAAAAAGAUUGCACGUAGCUUGAAACUAGAACGAGAG